GUCUCCUUGCUUGCCUCCUCGGCGGCCGGGCACUCACAAACCCCGGCUUGUCUCACUCCGCUGCCCGUUACUAUCGCUGCGCCGAACGCAGGGAGAGUGGAGCCGCCGUCAUGUUGUCGUAGCUGGCCCACGGAGAGCCGAACAUCCGAGAGAGCGUUGCCGCCGCCGAGCUGUUACUUCGUGGACAUCCAACAUGUCUGAUAAAAUGUCCAGCUUCCUGCACAUCGGGGACAUCUGCUCCCUGUACGCAGAGGGAUCCACCAGUGGUUUCAUCAGCACCCUGGGCUUGGUGGAUGACCGCUGUGUGGUCCAGCCUGAUGCUGGGGACCUCAACAACCCUCCAAAGAAGUUCAGAGACUGUCUCUUCAGACUGUGUCCCAUGAACCGCUACUCAGCCCAAAAGCAGUUCUGGAAAGCAGCCAAGCCUGGAGGGAACACAGACACGGUGCUCCUCAACAAGCUCCACCAUGCAGCUGACCUGGAGAAGAAACAAAAUGACUCAGAAAACAAAAAGCUGCUGGGUACAGUCAUUCAGUACGGCAAUGUUAUUCAGCUUCUCCACCUAAAGAGCAACAAAUACCUGACAGUGAACAAGCGUUUGCCUGCCCUCUUGGAGAAGAACGCCAUGAGGGUGAUGCUGGACCCUGCAGGAAAUGAAGGCUCCUGGUUCUACAUCCAGCCCUUCUACAAGCUGCGCUCCAUCGGGGACAGUGUGGUGAUUGGCGACAAAGUGGUCUUGAACCCGGUGAACGCUGGCCAGCCACUCCACGCCAGCACACACCAGCUCGUGGAUAAUCCAGGAUGUAACGAGGUGAAUUCAGUCAACUGCAACACAAGCUGGAAGAUCGUCCUGUUCAUGAAAUGGAGUGACAAUCAGGAGAUCAUCUUAAAAGGGGGCGAUGUGGUACGCUUGUUUCAUGCAGAGCAAGAAAAAUUCCUCACUUGUGAUGAUCACAGAAAAAAACAGUAUGUGUUUCUUCGCACGACUGGGCGGCAGUCAGCUACCUCAGCAACUAGCAGCAAAGCCCUAUGGGAGAUAGAGGUCGUACAACAUGAUCCCUGCCGAGGGGGGGCAGGCUACUGGAAUAGUCUGUUCAGGUUUAAACACCUGGCCACUGGACAUUACCUCGCUGCAGAGGUGAAUCCAGAAUAUGAAGAGCAAGGUCUAGAUUCCCGCGCCUCACUGGAUUUGGAGCAAGAGGCCUUACGGACCCGUUUGAGAAAUGUUCAGGAUAAAGUGAUGUACACACUUGUAUCCGUCCCUGAUGGAAAUGAUAUUUCUUCCAUAUUUGAGCUGGACCCGACCACGCUGAGAGGAGGAGACUCACUAGUACCCAGGAAUUCAUAUGUGCGGCUCAGACACCUGUGCACCAACACAUGGGUUCACAGCACCAACCAACCCAUUGACAAAGAGGAGGAAAAACCUGUCAUGCUUCGUAUUGGCACGUCUGCGCUGAAAGAGGACAAAGAGGCCUUUGCCAUUGUGCCUGUCUCCCCAGCUGAAGUACGAGACCUUGACUUUGCCAACGAUGCCAGUAAAGUGCUGGCCUCUAUUGCUGGAAAGCUUGAAAAAGGCACCAUCACACAGAAUGAGAGAAGAGCAGUUACAAAACUUCUAGAAGACCUGGUGUUCUUUGUUGUUGACAUUCCCAACAAUGGACAGGAUGUUCUUGAGAUUACGGUCAAUAAACCAAAUAGAGAAAGGCAGAAACUAAUGAGAGAACAGAAUAUUCUCAAACAGAUCUUCAAGCUACUUCAGGCCCCCUUCACUGACAGUGGUGAUGGCCCAAUGCUGCGAUUGGAGGAGCUUGCUGACCAGCGCCAUGCCCCCUUCAGACACAUCUGCCGACUGUGUUACCGGGUUUUGCGUCACUCCCAACAGGACUACCGCAAGAACCAGGAGUAUAUUGCCAAGCAAUUUCGAUUCAUGCAGAAACAAAUUGGCUAUGAUGUUCUGGCAGAAGACACUAUCACAGCCCUCCUCCACAAUAACCGCAAGUUACUAGAGAAACAUAUUACCGCCGCAGAGAUUGACACGUUUGUCAGCCUGGUCCGCAAGAACCGUGAGCCCAGGUUCUUGGACUACUUGUCGGACUUAUGUGUUUCCAUGAAUAAGUCCAUUCCUGUAACACAGGAACUGAUAUGCAAUGCUGUGCUGGAUCCAGCUAACGCGGACAUCCUAAUUGAAACUAAACUAGUUCUGUCGAGAUUUGAGAUUGAAGGGGAAGCGCUUGGCGAUAACUCUGAGGAGUCAGAGGAAGAUGAGGAGGAGGUGUGGUUGUUCUGGAAGGACAGCAAUAAAGAGAUCCGCAGUAAAAGCAUCAGGGAGUUGGCCCAGGAUGCCAAGGAGGGGCAAAAGGAGGACCGGGAGGUGAUCAGUUACUAUAGGUACCAGCUAAACCUGUUUGCCAGGAUGUGUUUGGACAGGCAGUACCUGGCGAUUAACAAGAUCUCUGGACAGCUGGAUGUAGACCUGAUCUUGCGAUGCAUGUCAGAUGAAGACUUACCUUACGAUCUGCGAGCAUCGUUUUGCCGCAUGAUGCUGCACAUGCAUGUAGACCGUGAUCCCCAGGAGCAGGUUACGCCUGUCAAAUACGCACGACUAUGGUCUGAAAUCCCAUCUGAAAUUGCCAUUGACGAUUAUGACAAUGACGGAACAUCUAAGGAUGAAAUUAAGGAACGGUUCUCACAGACCAUGGAGUUUGUUGAGAACUACCUGAGAGAUGUGGUUUGUCAGAGCUUUCCUUUUGCAGAUAAAGAAAAGAAUAAGCUCACCUUUGAGGUGGUAAAUUUGUCUAGGAAUCUGAUUUAUUUUGGCUUUUACAACUUCUGUGACUUAUUAAGACUAACCAAGAUCCUGCUAGCUAUUCUAGACUGUGUCCAUGUGAACACAAUUUUCCCAUUCAACAAGCUAGAAAAGGGAGAUGAGAGCAAAGGCAGUAAUGUGAUACGGUCCAUUCAUGGCGUUGGGGAGCUGAUGUCUCAAGUUGUCCUUAGAGGUGGUGGCUUCCUACCCACAACAUCGAACAGCAGCUCCAAUGAAAACACGGUCAAGUCUCAGACUGAACCAGAGAAACAGGAUAUUUUGGUCAUGGAUACCAAGCUGAAGAUCAUUGAGAUCCUGCAGUUCAUAUUAAAUGUCCGCCUGGACUAUAGGAUCUCCUGUCUGCUGUCCAUCUUUAAGAGGGAGUUUGAUGAGAGCAACUCCCAAAGUGAAUUAUCGGUAACUGGAACAGUUGAAGGUCCAAACAAUAUGCCAGGAGCUUUGGAUUUUGAACACAUUGAAGAGCAGGCAGAAGGGAUAUUUGGUGGAAGUGACGAGAACACCCCCUUGGAUCUGGACGAUCAUGGUGGACGGACUUUCCUUAGAGUCCUUCUACACUUGACCAUGCACGACUAUCCACCUCUGGUGUCCAGGGCCCUCCAACUGUUGUUCCGGCACUUCAGUCAAAGGCAGGAGGUUCUUCAGGCUUUUAAGCAGGUCCAGCUGCUAGUCACCAGCCAAGACGUGGAGAAUUACAAGCAAAUUAAGUAUGACCUGGACCAGCUGCGCUCCAUCGUGGAAAAGUCUGAGCUCUGGGUAUACAAAAGGCAGGGUCCAGACGAGGUCUUGGAUACAGGAGAGGGGCUGUCCACGGAAUCAGUGCAUAAAAAGGGGGAUUCUGGAGGUACUGAAAAACCAAACAAACCAGAGAGCACCAGCAGUUACAACUACAGGGUGGUAAAAGAGAUCCUCCUACGCCUCUGCAGGCUUUGUGUCCAGGAGGGUCAGUCAGGUAGGAAGAGCAGGAAGCAACAGCAGAGGUUACUGCGGAACAUGGGGGCUCAUGCUGUUGUCCUUGAACUACUACAGAUCCCGUAUGAGAAGGGUGAAGAUUUACGCAUGCAGGAUAUCAUGAGGUUAGCUCAUCAGUUCCUACAAAACUUCUGUGCAGGGAACCAGCAGAACCAAGCGCUGCUUCACAAGCACAUUAAUCUCUUCCUCAACCCUGGGAUUUUGGAAGCCAUCACCAUGCAGCAUAUUUUCAUGAACAACUUCCAGCUGUGCAGUGAGAUCAAUGAGCGUGUGGUUCAGCACUUUGUUCACUGCAUUGAGACACAUGGGCGCAAUGUCCAGUACCUCAAAUUUCUGCAGACUAUCGUCAAAGCAGAGAAUAAGUUCAUCAAAAAGUGUCAGGACAUCGUCAUGGCCGAGCUGGUGAAUGCGGGCGAAGACGUUUUGGUCUUCUAUAAUGAUCGCGCCUCGUUUCAAACUCUGGUACAGAUGAUGAGAUCAGAGCGGGAUCGUAUGGAUGAGAACAGUCCACUUAUGUACCACAUUCACCUGGUGGAGCUUUUGGCCGUCUGCACAGAGGGUAAGAACGUCUACACAGAGAUCAAAUGUAACUCUCUGCUACCACUGGAUGACAUUGUGCGAGUGGUGACCAAUGAGGAUUGCAUACCAGAGGUCAAAAUUGCUUAUAUCAACUUUCUAAACCACUGUUAUGUGGACACUGAGGUUGAAAUGAAGGAAAUCUACACCUCCAACCACAUGUGGAAACUCUUUGAGAACUUCCUGGUUGACAUUUGCAGAGUUUGCAAUAAUACCAGCGAUCGCAAGCAUGCAGACACCAUCCUGGAGCGUUAUGUGACUGAGACUGUCAUGAACAUUGUGACCACUUUUUUCAGCUCGCCUUUUUCUGACCAGAGCACUACCUUGCAGACCAGACAGCCAGUCUUUGUGCAGCUGUUGCAGGCGGUGUUCAGGGUCUACCACUGCAACUGGUUGUUCCCUGUCCAGAAAGGCUGUGUGGAGAAUUGUAUCAAAGUUCUGUCAGAUGUUGCCAAAGGUAGAGGCAUCGCCAUUCCCGUGGACCUUGACAACCAAGUGAACAACCUGUUUGUGAAAUGCAACAACAUUGUUCAGAAAACGGCAAUGAGCUGGAGACUGUCUGCUCGUAACGCCGCCCGUAGAGACUCGGUGGUGACAGCAUCACGCGACUACAGGAAUAUCAUUGAACGGCUGCAGGACAUUGUGUCAGCACUGGAAGACCGUCUGCGUCCGUUGGUCCAGGCCGAGUUGUCUGUACUUGUGGAUGUGCUGCAUCGGCCAGAGCUGCUUUUCCCUGAAAACACUGACUCACGCAAGAAGUGUGAGAGCGGAGGUUUCAUAUGCAAGCUGAUCAAACACACCAAGCAACUGCUGGAGGAAAAUGAGGAGAGACUCUGCAUCAAAGUUCUACAAACACUUCGAGAGAUGAUGACUAAAGACCGUGGGUAUGGAGAGAAGCUCAGGGCCUUUGAUGAUGAGAUGGAUAUGCCUAAGCAGCUGGAUCAGAACCAGCCUGAGAAGUUGUUGGAGGACCAGAAAAGGGGCGAGGCACUGAGGCAGAUUCUAGUGAACCGUUACUACGGCAACAUCCUUCGGAGUGGUGGGCGGAGAGACAGCUUGACGUCAUUCAGCAGUGGCCCCCUGAGCCCUGUAGGACCCAGCAAAAAACAAUCAGUGCUAGGGGGGCCUGGGGGCUUGAGUCGUGGGGAAAUGAGCCUAGCAGAGGUGCAGUGCCACCUGGACAAAGAAGGAGCCUCUGAUCUGGUUAUUGACCUCAUCAUGAAUACCACCAGUGACAGAGUCUUCCAGGAAAGCAUUCUCCUGGCUAUUGCUUUGCUGGAGGGCGGAAACACUACCAUCCAGCGUUCAUUCUUCUGCCGUCUAACAGAGGACAAAAAGUCAGAAAAGUUCUUUCGCGUUUUCUACGACCGCAUGAAGCUGGCGCAGCUGGAGAUCAAAGCUACAGUGACAGUAAAUACCAGCGACCUCGGAAACCGGAAGAGAGAUUACGACAGCCAGGAAAAAGACACCCCGGUCCGCAAAAAAGCAAGAGAAUCAUCCGUCGUCAUGACAGAAGAAGUGCGAGAGCAACUACUCGAGGCGUCGUCUGCCACCAAGAAAGCUUUUAACUCUUAUCGGCGGGAAGCUGACCCAGAGGACCAUUUCACCUCUGCAGAUGGCCAGCCAAGCACCGGAGACAAGAAUCAGGAUGAAGGGGAGAUGAGCUACGUCAUCAUUAUCAUGCAGCCCAUCCUUCGUUUCCUGCAGCUACUUUGUGAGAAUCACAACCGUGACCUGCAGAACUUUCUUCGUUGUCAAAACCACAAGAACAACUAUAACCUGGUGUGUGAGACCCUUCAGUUCCUGGACUGCAUUUGUGGCAGCACCACAGGAGGUCUGGGCUUGUUAGGGCUGUACAUAAACGAGAAGAACGUUGCCCUCAUCAACCAAACUCUAGAGAGCCUUACAGAAUACUGCCAAGGUCCCUGCCAUGAAAACCAGAAUUGCAUUGCCACUCACGAGUCCAAUGGUAUUGAUAUCAUCAUUGCUCUCAUCCUUAAUGACAUCAACCCACUUGGAAAGAAGCGGAUGGAUCUGGUGCUGGAGCUCAAGAACAACGCAUCCAAGUUGCUGCUUGCCAUUAUGGAGAGCCGUCAUGACAGCGAGAAUGCUGAGAGGAUACUGUACAACAUGAGACCUAAAGAGCUUGUGGAGGUGAUCAAAAAAGCCUAUCUGCAGGGAGAGGUUGAGUUUGAAGACACAAAGGAGGAGGAGGAUAAUGGGGAUGACGAGGAACAUGACGCAGCAUCUCCCAGAAAUGUCGGCCACAACAUUUAUAUCUUAGCUCACCAGCUAGCCCGUCAUAAUAAGGAGCUGUCCGUAAUGUUGAAGCCUGGAGGAGCCAGCGGAGAUGGAGAUGAGGCCUUGGAGUUUUAUGCCAACCACACUGCUCAGAUAGAGAUUGUGCGCCACGACCGCACCAUGGAAGAGAUUGUGUUCCCAGUGCCAAACAUCUGUGAGUUCUUGACCUCGGAGUCCAAGCUUCGUGUCUACUACACCACUGAGAGAGACGAGCAGGGCAGUAAGAUAAAUGACUUCUUUCUGCGAGCAGAGGACCUCUUCAGUGAGAUGAACUGGCAGAAGAUGCUUAGAGCCCAGCCGGUGUUGUACUGGUGUUCCAGAAACAUUUCAGUCUGGAGCAACGUUUCCUUCAAUCUGGCUGUGCUCAUGAACCUGCUCGUCUGCUUCUUCUACCCGCUGGAGGGGAUACACGGAGGCACGCUGGAUACCCACCUGUCUGCUCUGCUGUGGAUGGGCUUGUUGGCAACACUCAUUAUCGUGAUCAUCAUGCCCCAACCGUUGAGCAUCCGAGCUCUUGUCAUCGUCACAAUCCUCCGUCUCAUCUUCUCAGUUGGCCUGGAGCCCACACUGUUCCUCCUUGGUGCCUUUAAUGUGUGUAAUAAAAUCAUCUUCCUGAUGAGUUUUUUGGGAAACCGUGGCACUUUCAGUCGGGGAUACAAAGCCAUGGUGAUGGACUUCGAGUUCUUAUACCACUUCAUCUAUUUGCUCAUCUGCAGUCUGGGGGUGUUUGUUCAUGUCUUUUUCUACAGUCUGUUGCUGUUUGACCUGGUGUACCGAGAAGAGACUUUGCUGAAUGUCAUCAAGAGCGUUACGCGCAACGGACGAUCCAUCGUGUUGACCGCUGUGCUUGCACUCAUCCUGGUCUACUUGUUCUCCAUUGUUGGCUAUAUUUUCUUCAAAGAUGACUUCAUUCUGGAAGUGGAUCGCAUUCCCAACACGACACUAAAAAAUGGAGCCAGCAUAGCUAGUGAGUUUCUAUCUACAAGAAUGUGUCAAGCUGGGGUUGAUGAAAACUGUACUGCUGGGAGCGUACAUGAAGAUGUGGACAGUGACGAUUCACAGGAUAGCGACAUGGAACGGACGUGCGACUCUCUACUGAUGUGUAUUGUCACUGUUCUGAGUCAUGGCUUGAGGAGUGGAGGGGGUGUAGGUGAUGUUCUCCGCAAGCCUUCCAAAGAGGAGCCACUGUUUGCAGCCAGAGUGAUAUACGACCUGUUGUUCUUCUUUAUGGUCAUCAUCAUCGUCUUAAACCUCAUUUUUGGUGUCAUCAUCGACACCUUCGCAGACCUGAGGAGUGAAAAACAGAAGAAAGAAGAAGUCCUGAAGACCACCUGCUUCAUUUGUGGCCUGGAGAGGGACAAGUUUGACAACAAGACUGUGACAUUUGAGGAGCACAUUAAAGAGGAGCACAACAUGUGGCAUUACCUAUUCUUUGUCGUGUUGGUGAAAGUAAAAGAUUCCACCGAGUACACAGGCCCUGAGAGCUACGUGGCCGAGAUGAUCAAGGAGCACAAUCUUGACUGGUUUCCAAGGAUGCGUGCCAUGUCUCUGGUGAGCAGUGAUGCAGAGGGCGAGCAGAACGAAAUCAGGAGUCUUCAGGAGAAGCUGGAGUCGACCAUGAGGCUGGUGGCCAACCUGUCCGGACAACUGACAGAGCUCAAGGAGCAGAUGACAGAGCAAAGGAAGCAGAAGCAGAGAAUUGGUCUUCUUGGUCACCCACCUCACAUGAACAUCAACCCCCAACAACCAGCUUGAGGGUCUUUUGUACAGGACUGAAGGUUUCUCAUUUGUUAAAAAGAAAUACUAAAUUGUGCCAAUUUCCAGCCUGUGUUUAGGUCGAUAAAGUAUGUAAUGAUUGUAUUACUUCAACAGGCACUCUUAAAGUACAGUGCAAAUGUGAAGUAAGCAUUAGCAGCGUACGUUACUCCUUGUCUGCGGAGUGCGACUGAUAACGACUGUGUGUGUCAUGUCCACCAAGUGCCUCAGGACCUGGGAAGCCAGCCAUGUUGAAUUAAGAGUUGAAAACAGAUGUUGGCUUUACUACACUUAACGCCUUUGGGAGUGUACCAUGCUGACAGCCAUGCCAAAGUUCUGUCAAUUGUUGCUAAGGGAAAGUUCCAUUCAUGUGGCCUUGUAUUGGGGUUUUAAUCCUCCAUUUUGCACCAACAAACUCAGGUCAAGUGGAUUUAGAGGUUUGUUUUCAUUUUCACAUUUACACAUUUUGGUAAUCUAAAGCAAUAAGAGUACUUCACAAUAUGCAAUGUCUGGAUAAGAAAAACAGUUUUGGGAUUUGGUAUUUACUUUUAUAUUUAAUAUUGUAAUAUCAUUUAUUUAAAAAAAAUAGUAUUGUAUUUUCACAAACGAUGGUUCUAAAUGUGAAAGUUUUGUUAAACGACUCCUUUCAGGGCACUUUAAUAAGAUUAUUGACGGUGCGCUGCUCUUAGAACAUGCUGGUAAGUCAUCUGACUUCCUCACUUUGUAUCACGCUGUGCUUAAUAAUAGAGUAUGAGCAGUAAGAAGGAACCAAGUGCCCCUAUCCCUAAGAGACAAUUGUAGUGAUGUUUGUUUUGAUCUAUUAUAAUCCUUUGCACAUAAUUAUUUAACCCCCCUGUAAUUAAUUUAGUCCUGAAUACUGUUCUGUAUCACAACUAUUUUUGUUUGGCCACUUUUUUGAUAGCUCCACAAAAGAAUGACUGAGUGUAUGUGGUCUGGGGGGAUUACUAGGUCAUUUGCAGUGCUCCUUAACCAAAAACCUCUAUAAGUGGUUUCUGUAUUGUACAUUCUUUGGGGUUUAUUUAAAUAAAAAAGCAUGUAAAACAUUUUAUUGAAUUGUUAAAAUGAAUUGGGAGGAAACGUGAGGGGGGAAAAAAGUCACAAAUACUGUAUAAUGCAUGAUCAUUGAAUUGAUGAGGACCUAGUUGGUGCUCUACGUCAAAAGUAAUGUGUAUUUUUUAUCGAUUAAACUAGAUAUUUCCACCAGAUUUACGAAAACAUUAUCUAUUGUUCGAAACAAAUAGGACCUAAGUGUACUUUUCUCAAAACCAUAUAUAGACCCUUUCCAAAAAUGUUGAAUAUCAUGGAAACUUUUAUUUAUUUACAUGGUUCCAUUCAAAAAGUUAAACAUUUUUAGAUUAUAGAUUCAGGGCCCACAAUUUAAACAAUUUCAAGUAUUUAUUUGUUUAUUUGUACAUAAUUUGGGCUUCCAGCUCGUAAAACCUACGAAAUCAGGAAUUCAGAAUACUGUGAAGAAAACAGCCCAAAUUUUACAGGCCAUAAAUGUUUUAAACUGAGUGUCACACACUCAUCAUCUACAGUACUAAACUCAAAUCACCUGCACAAAUUUCCCCAAAGAGUGGAAUGAGGCGGGAGUCACAGCUUCAAAAACCACCACAUUCAGACGCAUCCGGGAGAUGAUGGUCUACAACUGUCGGGUUCCUCAAGCCGCUUCUGAGCCUGAGCCAACAUAGGAAGCGUCUCAACUGGGCCAAGGAGAAGAAGGACUGGACUGUUGGCCAGUGGUCCAAGGUCCUCUUUUCCGAUUAAAGUGUACCUUUCAUUCGCGAAUCAAGGUCCAAGAGUUUGGAGGAAAACUGGUGAAGAACAGAACCCAAGCUGCUUGAGGUCCAGUGUGAAAUAUCCACAGUCGGUCAUCAUAAUUUGGGGUGCAAUGUCCAGUGCAGGUGUUGGUAAACUCUGCUUUCUUAAAUCCAAGGUCACUGCAACUGUCUACCAGAGUGUUUUAGAGAACUUCAUGAUCCCUUCUGUUGAGGAUCUGUAUGGAGAUGCAGAUUUCAUCUUCCAGCAGGACCUGGCCCCUGUCCAUACUGCCAGAAGCACCAAAACCUGGUUUUACGCCCAUGCCAUGUCAGCGCUUGACUGGCCAGCCAACUUGCCGGAUCUAAACCCCAUUGAGAAUCUAUGGGGCAUUAUCAAGAGGAAAAUGAGGGGCACCAGACCCAAAAACAAAGAACUGGCAGCAAGCAUAAAGGAAAUCUGGCCUUCCAUAACUCCCAGGCAAUGCCACAGGCUGAUUACCUCAAUGGCACGGCGCAUCGAGGCAGUGAUUAAAGCAAAGGCAUUCCUAACAAAGUAUUGAAGAUUAACAUCUUUUUGAAAGUUUCAUAUUUUGAUUGAUUUAAUGUGACUCUAAUUUCUUUCUCCUUUUUUUCUACCAUAACUGAGACCUAGAUGGUGAUUUCUUCACAGUAUUAAAAAAAAAUGUAUUCCUGAUUUUGUGGGUUUUAUGAGCUGGAAGCCCAAAUAAUGUAAAAAUAAAUACUUUAAAUUGUUUAAAUUGUGGGCCCUGAAUCUAUAAUCUAUGAAAGUUUAACUUUAUGAAUGGAAUUAUGGAAAUAA